UGGGCUUGUGCCCACAAUGAUCCUGCCAGACUCCAAGCCACUCUCGAUAGGGGGGUCAGCCCUGAAGAGGCCACCCAGGUGGACAGAAAUGGAAGGACAGGCCUCAUGGUCGCCUGCUAUAGGGGCUUUGGCAGUAUCGUGGUCCUGCUCAGUCACUGCCCCUUUCUCGAUGUCAAUCAGCAGGACAAAGAAGGGGACACAGCCCUCAUGCUGGCUGCCCAGGCAGGACACAUCACCCUGCUGAAUUACCUGCUGAACUACUACCCUGGCUUGGAGCUGGAGCGGAGGGACAGCAGAGGUCUGACAGCUUUGAUGAAGGCUGCAGUGCAGGGUCGCCCAGACUGUGUGGCUGCCCUUCUCAUGGCAGGUGCUGACCUGACAGCUGUGGACCCAGCUCGGGGGAAGACAGCUUUGGAAUGGGCAGCCCUGACGGAUAACUUUGAGACUGUCAUAAGAAUCCAUCAGCUGGCCAAGCACCCCCGGAUUGAGCAGCUCAGUAGGCAUUUUCAGCUUGAAUGGCCGGCCCUAGCUGGACUCGUGGCACAGGCCCAGAACCCGCUCACUCCGUCUUUCUUAGAGAGACUCCAGAGUGCCUUCAGUGUCUCCUUCCCCCAGCCUCCCCAGGAGGGUGGCGUCCUGGAUCACCUGGUGAGAGUAACUACAAGUCUAGCCAGCCCAUUCAUCAUCACUGCCUGCCAUACUCUAUGCCCAGACCUCCCACCUGAACUGGGCAUGCUCCGUCCAUCCGUGCCCGAGCUCCAGGGCACAGUCCCCCCUCGACCCCAAACCCCAAGUGUCUCUCAGCCUCCUUCUAGCCAACAGGCUCUAGUUCCAUAUCAGAGCCCUUCAGGGGUGUUGAGCCUUUGCCCAGAUUGGCUGCUGGCUAGGGAUGGUGGUAGCUCUAAGACACGGGUCCCCAAAAUCCGCCUCAGCAAGGCUCCAUCGCCAUCCAAUCAGAAGGGUCAAGAUCCAAUGCCCAAAGGGAAUCAAGGGCUGGUACCCCCUUCCUGGCACUACCAGAAACUCAGGGAAGAAAACAAACUGGCAGAAGCAAGAGUGUGUCCCGAGUGCCGGCUGGCCCUCAAAGCGCCCCCCGGGACCCGUGGGGCUGGAGGAAAAGGUUCGAAAGCGUCCCCACCCUGGCCCGGGGCCCCCGGGGGCCCCAGGAGCCCAGCGGGCAGCCGGGCGGCCCAGCAUCCGCAGCCCAGAUCCAGAGAAGGAGGAGGUGGCGGGGGCGGGGGCGGAGGAAAGGAGCUGGCCCGAGGCCACAUCUCCCCCCAAGGCCCAGGGCUGCUAGCCCUUGAGCCCCAGCCCAGGGCAGAGCCGGGAGAGAACCUCAGCCUUUCCUACAACUUCAACCCCUGGGCCUAA